CUUUUCAGUUUCUUGAGGCUGGCAGGCUCAUACUGAGGUUACAAGUGGAGUUUUAGAAAAUAUCAUCAAACCCAUUCAUGGUUUACAAGUUUCCCUUCAAGGGGGUACAUUUUAGAUCCAGGACUUAAUCAGGAUAUUCGGAGAGAAUUGGAAACUAUUUUUAGACUCAAACCUGGGUUAUCUAGGAUCUUCAAGGUGAUCUGGCAGGUUCUUAGGCCGCUCUUCUCCUCCUUGCGGCCCAACCUUGCUCCGGAGAAGCAGGAGAAGAUGGGAACCGUUCUCAGCUUCUCUCCUAGAGAGAAGAACCCCCCUUACUCCCUGGACUACACCAACCCUAUCAACAAUAUCAACUAUGAAACAAUCAAUAACCUGAAGAAUAAAGAACUUCUGAUAAGUAACGAGAACGCACAUCUUCUCGUUGAAAAGAAUGCCCUAGAGAAGAAUCUGAAGAAACACUCCUUGUUCAUAAAUGCGCUCAGCUGGAAAAAAUUCAACGCUGGGAAAAAGAAAUCAGAUCAUAUUCCUAUCAAAUCAAAGGGUUUAUCUUUCCGAGCUCCCCUGGACAAUAUUCAUCCCUUGGUAGACAACAACAAGAAUAUUCAGGCAGCACUCUGCCAUGGUUCAAGAACAACCAGUCUUUUAGAGGAGAGAAAAUCAUUGGAUAUAGCAACUAAACAUACUAACAAAUACAAGAUUAGUCAGGCGUCCCCAACUCCAGUUGCAGGAACAACAGCAUCAACAACAAUACCAACAUCACCACCUGGAGACAGGAAACAGCACAACAACAAUGUCAGGAAGGAGGAAACAUUCCUGAGCAAUAACAACAACACAACAACAAACAACAACAAGGUGGAACUACCCAGUCAAGUUAAAUCCGGAACUAAGAAAACUGUAAUCCAGGCGAGUACAAGUGAGCUGUUAAAGUGUUUGGGGAACUUUCUCUACAAGCGCUGCUACAGGCUCAGGGACUUCCAGCCCGGGGACUGCAUCAUGUGGCUGAGGACGGUUGAUAGAUCUCUUCUUCUCCAGGGUUGGCAGGAUAUUGCCUUCAUUAAUCCUGCUAAUGUCGUCUUUGUAUACCUGCUGGUUCGGGAUUGUGUUGAUGAGAAUAUCACAAAGGAGUCUGAGCUUCAAGCUAUUGUUCUGACCUGCCUCUACCUGUCCUACAGCUAUAUGGGGAAUGAAAUCAGUUAUCCGCUGAAACCGUUCUUGGUAGAGACGGAUAAAGAAAAGUUCUGGGAUAGAUGUGUCAAUAUUAUAAAUAAACUUAGUUCUCCAAUGCUGAGGAUAAACUCUGAACCUAGUUUCUUCACUGAAAUCUUCACUGAGCUGAAGGGAGUUGGUCAGCACAUAGAGUUCAGAGCUUGAGGAUUUAACAUUGAUCCCAGAUUCACGACUCCGUCUUCCUCAUAUAAUUAGAACUAGAACCAGAGUUUUCUCUUAAAAUAGUCUUUAAUUAUCCCUCUUCCAUCUCCAGGUCCUUUUCCGGUCCAUCCUCCUUUUCAUCCUUUCCAUGGGUUUCUUUUUUCUCCUUAAUUUUCUCUUCUUGAAAUCCUUCCUCAAUUUCAUUCUUCUCAUCUUUCUCAUCUUCUAUUUUCCUCAUUUUUAUUCUUCUCAUCAUCUUCAUCCUUUCUCAUCUUAGUCCUUCCUCCUCUUCCUUUCUCAUCUUAGUCCUUCCUCAUCUUCAACCUUCCCCAUCUUCAUCCUUCCUCAUCUUCAACCUUCCCCAUCUUCAUCCUUCCUAAUUUUCAUUCUUUCUCAUCUUUAUCUUCGUCAUUCCUCAUACUCAUAUUACGUUCAUCCUUUUCGUGAAGCUUAAUCUUCCUUCUAAUCCUCCUCAUCCUGUCCUUUCCCUUCCCAUUAUCUAAUAUCUCUGUCCCUGAUUCAUAUAUUUUACAUAUGUAAAACACGAGUUUUCAGCUAAAAACCAACCGAAUCGAACCUAAACUUGUCUUUAAUGUAGUUCCUGAGUUCUGAAUAUUUAGUAAAUAAUAUUAUUAUUAUUAUUAUUAUUGUUAUCAUUCUCCUAUUUAUUAUUCUUAUGUUUAAAGAUUUUCCCUUUACUUAUAAAUGAAAAGGUCUUUUGAUCUCAUUGCAGUAGGUUAAUUUAAUAUUAUAAUUUCUCUUUCAUCAAAAAGUUACGAUAUUUCCAUCUUAGAGUUAGGUUCAGAUGAUUUGAAAGGACGGAUAAAAGUCUAUAAAAUACAAAGAUUCUAAUUAAAAAUUAAUCAAUUGAACUUUCUCCAGCACACUGGUUUAGUAAGACUAGCUGCAGAGGAUUGUUGAAGGGGUUUCUUACACCUUCAGAUCUUAUUUUCAUUGAUGUAAUGAUAUUUUAAUUCUUCUUGAAAUUUCACAUCCUGAACUCUGGGCUGAUCCUAUCUCUACAAUAGAUCUUCAACCCUAGCUUGCGGAUCUUAGUCCAACCUAGGAGAAUAGAUUCAGUUUUAUCUUAGAAGAAACCAUCGGAAGAUGACGAUAUAAGCAAAUAAACAAAUACUCUUAAAAAUAAUGAAUGAUCUCUAGUUUGCGCGGAGCAGCGCUGAAUGAAUAUGUAUAUUUUUACAAAUUAUUGGUCGAUUCAUGGAUAUUUUCUACAGUAUGUUUGUCAGGGGUAAACUUAAGUUUUGUUUAUUUUAAGUUCUUGGUUGUGAUUCAAGACGGAUUAAAUUUUAAGAAUGAAUCUCAGAAUGAAUUAAAAAUAUGAGAAAAUGUUUGUUAACAUCCACUAUUUAUUCAUGUAUCCUGGAUCUAUUUAGGACUAUGAACUAGUCUUGUAUCCUGGAUCUAGGACUAUAAACUAGUCUUGUACCCUGAAUAUAGAACUAAAGAAUAGUCAUGUAUUCUAGAUCUAGGACCAUGAACUAGUCGUGUAUCCUAGAUUUAGGGCUAUGAACUAGUCCUGUAUCCUGGAUCUACGUCUAGGAACUAGUCCUGUAUGCAAGAUCUAGGACUAUGAACUAGUCCUGUAUCCAAGAUCUAGAACUAUGAACUAGUCUUGUAUCCUGUAUCUACAACUAGGAACUAGUCCUGUUUCCAAGAUCUAGGACUAUGAACUAGUCUUGUAUAAUGUAUCUGCAACUAGGAACUAGUCUUGUAUAAUGUAUCUGCAACUAGGAACUAGUCUUGUAUCCAAGAUCUAGGACUAUGAACUAGUCCUGUAUCCUGGAUCUGCAACUAGGAACUAGUCCUGUAUCCAAGAUCUAGGACUAUGAACUAGUCCUGUAUCCUGGAUCUACAACUAUGAACUAGUCUUGUAUCCUAGAUCUACAACUAGGAACUAGUCUUAUAUCCAAGAUCUAGGACUAUGAACAAGUCAUGUAUCCUGGAUCUACAACUAGGAACUAGUCCUUGUAUCCUAGAUCUAGGUCUAUGAACUAGGCCUGUAUCCUGGAUCUACAACUAGGAACUAGUCCUGUAUCCAAGAUCUAGGACUAUGAUUACCUCUAUCCUGGAUCUACAACUAGGAACUAGUCUUGUAUCCAAGAUCUAGGACUAAGAACUAAUCCUGUAUCAUGUAUCUACAACUAGGAACUAGUCUUAUAUCCAAGAUCUAGGACUAUGAACAAGUCAUGUAUCCUGGAUCUACAACUAGGAACUAGUCCUGUAUCCAAGAUCUAGGACUAUGAACUAGUCCGGUAUCCUGGAUCUGCAACUAGGAACUAGUCCUGUAUCCAAGAUCUAGGACUAAGAACUAGUCCUGUAUCCUGGAUCUACAACUAUAGACUAAUCUUGUAUCCUAGAUCUUGAAAAGAGUUCUCUAAAAAUCAAUCUGAAUAUUGAUUCUGAAAGAUGAACUUUAACAUUAUAGUAUGACGUGAUUUCCCCGUAUUGUAAACUUGUCUUUUAAACUCGAUAUCAAAUAUUUAACAAUUUGUUAAAAAUAUAUUAUUUCACAAACAUUGUAAUAUUCUAAUUAGAAACCAGGUUAUCCAGUAAAUAUAUAUUUAUCAGCGUA